AAUUCACCAUCAAAAUUUCUCGUUACCGUGUAAUGCAACAAAAAUCCUUAAAAUUCGAAAAAAAUAACAAUGAAGAAAUCACAACUAACACGCAAAUUUUCGACUCCAAAGAUGAAAUGAAAAAAUCCCUAACUCAUUUAUGUUAUGGUGAUCUUUACGUUCUUGGAAGGCUAUGGAUUGAAGCGCUUAAAAAGGUUCUAGUUGGUGCCAAUAUGAAUAUAUUCCCAGUGGUAGAAGCCGCUAAACCAGAUCCUACUCCAAAAUGUCCACCACCCAUGAAAUACAAAGACUUACCGUUAUACACAAGUCCACAUUACGAAUACAAAGUCUAUCAAGAAGACCAACAGAAGUGUCCUAAACAUAACGUGCCUAUUUUACAAGAGUACUUGCUACCUACAGUAAAAAGCUACCGUUCUGAUACCCAGAAAAGUCUAUGCCAAAUUAAAUGUGGUUUCGCAAAUGCUUGGGUACAAUUGAAGAGCGAAAUGGCAGACCAUGACAGGAAUUUCAAGAAAUUCAUGCGUGAUCCUAACAGGCUAGCAAUGAGGCAGGGUAUAGUAGCUUUUGGCUUGAUUUCUGGUUAUUACAUGGCGUCAAAACGUGGUAUACCCAGUCGGAUAGUAGGAACAACUCUUGGUGGCCUGUUCGCUGGAGCAAUGUGCUUUCCUAAGGAAACUGAUGAGUUAUUUCGAGGCAUGUUGUAUAGUGGGGGGAAGUUUGCGAUAGGGGUAUAUAAUCGAGUUUUUGGUGGGGAUAUCGCCUUGAGGGAACGACUGGCCUGUAGAGAUGAUCUGCCGCCUAUACCACCGCCCAGAAAACGUACGUGCGUGAAGAAAUAG